AGUCAAACACCAGUGUCCUGGGGUGCCUCCAUGAAUAAUUGAUUGUUCUCUUUGGGAUUCAGGUUUCCAUGGCAACUGAAAGAGGAACCAGGAUACCAAGGUAUGAAUUGAAGUUUCUUUGGGUCUCUGUCCACUCAGCAGCUAAGAGUUGGAGUUACCUUUGGCAGGUGCUUAUAUAAUCCAACAUUGACUCGGAGAUGAAUUGCCUUGAUCUGAGGCUUCUGCUGCUCCUGCAGUUAUGCUCUUUGAUUGGGGGACAGCGCAAGCUCCAGCGCAUCAUCGGGGGUCACAUCGUGGGGCCGCAUUCUGCCAAGUACCUGGUGUCGCUGAAGAGGAUGACGGGCUCCCACUUCUGUGGCGGGUCUCUGGUUAGUCGGAGCUGGGUCCUGACGGCUGCUCACUGCAAGACCGAAUAUCCCCGUAGAAUAAACCAGAUGCUAAUAGUAGCCGGUGAAUAUUCGCUCUCCACUUUCGAAGGCACAGAACAGAUUUUCCGGCCCUCCCGGAUGGUGGUUCACCCAGACUACAGCUCCACUACCAAAAAUGCAGACGUCAUGCUGAUUAAGCUGAACCGGCCGGUGGUCUAUAACGCCUUUGUUUCCAUUGUGCCACUUCCUCAGCAAGGCGCUACGGUGAAGGAAGGCCGCCUCUGCCAAGUCUCCGGCUGGGGGUACACCAGUCCCAUCGGCGGGAGGACAUCGGACACCCUACGCAGUGUGCGCCUCCCUAUCGUCCCCUCCUGGAAAUGCAACGCCUCGUCCUCCUAUGCAGGAUUCAUCACCAGCAACAUGAUUUGUGCCGGGCUCAGCACAGGGGGCAAAGACGCCUGCCAGGGGGACUCCGGUGGGCCGCUGGUGUGCGAGGGCCGAGUGUUCGGGAUCGUGUCCUGGGGGCACAGCUGUGCCAGCCCGCGGUAUCCAGGCGUCUACACGGCUGUAGCCAACUUCCAGAAGUGGAUCUACAAAACCAUCUUCAGACACCAGUAGCGGCAGCUCUGGUCCCCCUUCCCAUAACGCCGCAUGACAUUGAGCCAAUAAAACGGUGGCGAGGAAG